CUUAAUUUGACAAGCGUCCAAUCGGUGCGAUGGCCGCUGUCACAUGACUCUGAGGGAGCUCUUCCUACGGCGGUGCAAAACAGACUGACGAAUUCAGGAACGGAGAAUCGUUGAUUGUGGUUUUCCUUUUCUUUGCUAGUGCCUGUGGAAGAAGCACUCCCUGAGCUAUGGCCUCGGCUUCCAUACCAGCGUACAACUCCAGCCCCCUGGAGAACAGCUCCAGCCAGAAUGCAUCCAGUGAGAGCCUGAAGAUGGAGCCGCUGGGUGAUGUGACCCUGUUGCCAGGGGAGGAGAGAGUGAUCGACAAAGACAUAAUUUACAUCUGCCCUUUCAAUGGCGCACUGAAAGGCAAAGUCUUCAUCACAAACUUCAGACUCUACUUCAAGAGCGACGGGGACCAUGUGGUGGUCCUGGACAUCCCACUGGGGGCGAUUGGCCGGGUGGAGAAGAUGGGCGGGGCUUCAAGUCGAGGGGAGAACUCGUACGGCCUGGAGAUCACCUGCAAGGACAUGAGGAACCUGAGGUUUGCUCUGAAGCAGGAGGGUCACAGUAGAAGAGAUAUCUUUGAGAUUCUCUUCAGAUACGCGUUCCCCCUUUCCCACGGCCUGCCGAUGUUUGCGUUCCUCAGUCAGGAGAAAUUUGAUGAGAACGGCUGGCACGUUUACAAACCCAUGGAGGAGUACAGGAGGCAGGGCCUUCCGACCGACAAGUGGCGUAUCUCCUUUGUCAACGAGGACUACAAACUGUGCGAUACGUACCCCACCAUCCUGGUGGUGCCAUACAAGGCCACGGAUGACGACCUGCAGAAGGUGGCCACCUUCCGAUCCCGCUGCCGCAUACCUGUGCUGUCGUGGAUCCACAAGGAGAACCAGGCGGUGAUUGUCCGCUGCAGCCAGCCCCUGGUGGGCAUGAGCGGCAAGCGCAACAAGGACGACGAGCGCUACCUGGAGAUGAUCCGCGAGGCCAACGCCACCACCAAGCUCACCAUCUACGACGCCCGGCCCAACGUCAAUGCUGUUGCCAAUAAGGCGACAGGUGGGGGCUACGAGGGGGACGACGCCUAUCAGAACGCGGAGCUGGUCUUCCUGGACAUCCACAACAUCCAUGUGAUGCGCGAGUCCCUCAAGAAGCUCAAGGACAUCGUCUAUCCCAACGUGGAGGAGGCCCACUGGCUCUCCAGCUUGGAGUCCACCCACUGGCUGGAGCACAUCAAGUUGGUGCUGUCAGGGGCCAUCCAGGUGGCAGAUAAGGUGUCCUCGGGCAACUCGGUGGUGGUGCACUGCAGUGACGGCUGGGACCGCACGGCCCAACUCACCUCCCUGGCCAUGCUGAUGCUGGACAGCCACUACCGCACCCUCAGGGGCUUCCAGGUGCUGCUGGAGAAGGAGUGGAUCAGCUUUGGACACAAGUUCGCCUCGAGAAUUGGCCAUGGGGACAAAAACCAUGCGGACCAGGACCGGUCACCCAUCUUCUUGCAGCUUAUCGACUGCGUGUGGCAGAUGACCAAACAGUUCCCCACGGCGUUUGAGUUUAACGAGCGCCUCCUAAUGGUCAUCCUGGACCAUCUGUACAGCUGCCGCUUCGGCACCUUCCUCUACAACUGCGAGAACGCCCGCGACAUCAACCAUAUGCGAAUAAAGACGGUGUCCCUGUGGUCCCUGGUGAACAGCGACACGGCGACCUACAUCAACCCCUUCUACACGGAGGAGUCCAGCCGCGUGCUCUAUCCUGUGGCCAGCAUGCGCCACCUAGAGCUCUGGGUGACCUACUACAUCCGGUGGAACCCGCGUAUUCAGCAGCAGGUGUGUGUGAGUCCAGUGGAGCAGCGCUUCAGGGAGCUGCUGGCCCUGAGGGACCAGUACCUUAAGAAACUCCAGGAGCUGCAGCUCUCCGACUCCUCCCCCUCUGCCCAUCUCUCUAACAGCUCCACCCCCUCAGCUGCCUCCCCUACGCAGCACAUCACGCACUUGCACACGCCCUUUUGAUCCCCCAUCACCCCCCCCUACACACACACACACACACACACACACACACACACACACACUUACAUGCACAUACACACACUCUCACACUCAUACACACGGUCACAGGAUGUUUUGUACAUAAGAACAGUAAUAACUGUGGCCACAGGAAUAGUAAUAAUGUCCGUUAUUAGAAGUAAUAAUCACGAUUAUGCAAUAGUCACAGUACAGCCUUUUUUCGGACUCGGCAGACAGGCCAGGGUGAAGCCUUACUAAGGAAAUGAUGACUUCUGGGAUUUUGCACGUAUGCCCGAGGACCUGUUCAGGGAUGGACAAAAAGAAAAAAGAAAAACAAGAAAAACAAAAGAGGACAAAAAAAGCAAACAAUGGCUCUUCUCAAAAUCGUCAGCCUCUUUUGCUGGUUUUACCCAGUGGGCAUUUUGUGUAACUGUCUUCCCAGAUUCCAAGGUCUGUCUGUAGGGGGCGCUGGUGUGUUGUCACGCCAUACAGCAUGUUGUGUUUGUCUGAGUAUGUGUGUGCACCCCUGUGCUACUAGCAUGCCUGCUGGAAUCUAAUCAGGGAAGGGGAGUGUUGUUUCUAAAAUGGUUUCUGCAUCACAGCCAUCUGGAAGCAACCUCUAAGGUUUCACCCAUAUGCUUUCCUUGUGCUUAUGGAACCGUGAUAUUGUAGGGAAACCGUUAUGAUUGGGUAAUCUCUUAUAGUCUUGCCAUAACUAUUGGCGGUGAUGUAUAUAAGAAAUGAAGUUUCAUCAGCUACGUCAUGAGUUUGCUGUUGGAUUCACUGUCCUACCAUGUACUGACAGUCAUACUAAGUUAGAGAGGGACGUUUGUCAAGUACUCUUGUUCUGGCUAAUUAUCUGUGUGUUGUGGAGGUUCUGGCAUUUUGAGAAGUUUCGUGGUUAUCAGCCGCGACAUAGCCAUUGCUUUAUUUUAUUCCUUUGGUAAACAUUGUUUUACUUGUCACCCGACAGUGUCCAUUUUGUCUGUGUGUCUUCUCCUAAUGUUUCUCAGAUUCCAUAACCCCCUUGUUGGGUGUGGAUGCACUGUUUCCCAAAAAAAAAAAAAACCUGACCCACAGCUCUCAGAAGAACUGUGGCUAAAACUGACGUAACAUUUUGAGGCUCCUAACCAGGAGUGUGGGGUGGAGUAGAGGUCACAUGAAGGUCGAAAAAUGAAAAUGAAGCUGGAAGGAAUGGAAGUUGCAGUUGGGAAUAAGUUCUUAAAUAUUUGCCGCACAAAGCCACCUGCCUCUCUAGCGAGAUGUGACGAGACUUCAGAUUGGGAGGGCAGUUGUCUCUGUUGAAGAUUCUUUGGGAUGCGCUUAUGUCGUCGUUGUUUGUUGUUAUUUUUUUUUUUAAUUAUAAUUGAGCAGAAGCAGGGUUGGUCAGGGGUUACUCCUGCUUGCGAGUCCAGUUCUGUGCCUUUUCUUGUACCUGAGGGUUAUUUACCCCAGGCGGACAUUUUGUAUUGAUACGUUGUCUCUUUUUUUUUUUUUUUUUUUUCUGUGGGCAGCAAUCAGUGGCAGGGAAGGAUGUCUUCCAUUGGCUGUGGGUGCUUUGAUUGACAGAGGGAACUGAGUGGUGUCAGCAGGUGGUAUGCAAAAACAAACAUAAAAAACCUCUUGGUCGAAAUUGACCAAUGACAAUGGCCUCUUCCCUCUUUAUGAGUGUGGUUGCUGUAGAUACCUCCUGUUUCAUUCCACAGAAAGGGCUAGGGGUGAAAUGGGUGCAUGAGAACUCAAGUACCCUGCUGAUGGUGACGUAUUGGUAGAAGCUGCUCUUAGUGUUGGUGAAGGAUUGGUGUAGCUUAUCUCAGAGACGGGAUGCACACACUCUGAAAACAGGGGGCCUUAAGACCCUAUUUUGGAGGUUCCCACAGAACAUUUAAGGCAGUUUUUUGGCUUUAAAAAGUCUUGAAGGUUCUAGUUUGUGCUUUUAAAAUGUGUUAAUAGAACAUUGAGUGAGAAAACACAGGAGGGACCUUAAGGAUUUCGGGUGUCCCCCUUUUUUUUUCUAUGAGUGUGUGAGGUGAUGAGAUUGCGUACCUGCUCCUAGAUCUGUGCUUAAGGGCGACUUCUCCCCGGAGCUAUUGCAAAUGCUGCCCAAGAAAAGCUAAACUUUCUAAGACUUUGGCCUCAAUGAGGAGAUGCAGUUUAAAAACCAUAGCAUGUGUGAGAAGAAAAAAAACAACACAAAACACAGAAACAACACAAGAACAUUUUUGCAGUUGGUUGUGUUUUUAGGGGGAAAUGAGAAAAAAAAAGAAAAAUCUAUUUUGUUUAUUUUUUACUUUGUACAAGUACAAUAACUGUGUAAUUACCUCAACAAAGCCUAUUUUACUGUUGAAAGCUCUAUUGUUGUAAAAUAUAAUUAUUUUAUUUAGUGUAAAAUUUGACAGUUUUAUAAAAAGGAAAGUAAUAAGAAAAAAAUGUUUGGUUGGUUGAACCGUUGGUAAUUUGUGGAUUUCUGCUUCAAUUAUCUAAUUAUAAUAAUAAUUAUUAUUAUUUUCUUUUUUUCUCUCUUACUUAAUGGGCAUUUUUGGAUUUGUGUGCUAACAUUGAUGGAGGCUGUGGAUGUUGUCCCAUCUGUCAUAUUAGAUAUGACUGUUGUAGCGAACUUGCAUCUUUUCCCCAUCUCACUGUGCUACCAUGGGCCUCAGUGUGGGUGAGAUUUGCACUUUUAUCACUUUACUCCUACAUGACUUCUACGCUCUUGCUUUCAUUUUGAUUCUUUUUUUUUACCUUUUAAUGUAGACAGCAUAGUUUAAAGGGAUUUACUCUUUUUGUUUGUGUCAUUUACUCUUCUUCAUGUACUCUCCACUGUUUGUUGGCUGGCUCUUGUUUUGUAAAUAAUGCUGAUUAAAUUAAUUUAAAGAUUUCACAAA